ACCUUCUAUGCCGAGAGAUACAAAGUAGCCAUACAACUGUGCACCAACAAUGGGACGCAGUGCAGCUAUCGUAAUUUUACAAGUGGUGUUCAUGCUAUAAAAGAAUGGUACCUGCUUCAGUUUUCCAACAUCUUUUCCCAAAUACCAGAAGAUGAAAAGAUUAAAAUGGGAUACCAGGCAGAGGACAUGAUUCUCACCUGCAUGUUUGGAGGACAUGCGUGCAGUUACAGAAAUUUCACCCAUAUUUUCCACCAAGAUUAUGGAAAUUGUUACAUCUUUAACUGGGGUCAAGAAGGUCAGGAGCUGCUGGAAUCUGCAAACCCGGGAGCUGAUUUUGGGCUAAAGAUGGUUCUUGACAUUGACCAGGAGGAGUAUAUUCCAUAUCUCCAGAGCACAGCGGCUGCCAGAAUUCUU